UCAGGCAAUGAAGCAUCCCGGACUGGGAACUAAUGACUACCACACGGGGAACAGAAGGACGACGGGGUCGGGAGGCUCGCUUUACGGCACGGUGAGAUGACGGAGUGGCUCAGAAAAGGAUGAAGACUAAGACAGGGAGCUUUUGCGACAGUGGAAAGAAGAAAAGUCCGCCACAAGCAUCUUUACGACCGAAGGUUUAUGGCGCCAGACGCGCUUUGCGACAGCAGAACCGACAACCCCGCCCUCGCCAGGGGAAGCGAUAUAUUGAACUAUUCGCUUUACGGCAAGGGGUGAGAGUGUUCUCUACGCGCUACACGCUUUAAAGAGCUAUAAACGGGGUGACCAGGGGGCACAGAGAAACUGUAGUUUUAUAAAUGAAAGUCUCUGCCCUCCACACCUUUGAGAUCAAAAGUGUCGCGGUCUCCCUACUUUGCAUCACACUUUUCCUGAGAAGCAACGGGAGACGAUUUGUGGCUGGGGGUGGGGAUUCACGUCAAGCCCAGAAUGAACUCUUUCAAUCAAACUCUUAAGACUUUAAAUCCACAAAUAGAGUCCAAAGACACCUCGGCAGGCAGUUUCAAAUUACAGCGCUAACGACUCAAAAAGAUUCCGCCACGCCACUAGCAAAACCCCAGCCCAACUCCCCAAGGUUGCUGAGGUCUCCCUCCCGCUAAGGUCGGAAGGCUGUGACGUCACAAUUAGGGGUUCACGCCCCCUGGUCAAGCCCCCUGGCUAUGAUUGGCUCAUUUGGUGAGGGCGGUGAUGGAGAAAGGCGGGAACAAGUUGUAAAGACAAAGACAUCGGGUGGCAUAAAAAGGGAAAGGCGAGCGGAGUGACUCCCAAGCCUGAGAUCUCUUAAAUAGAGUCUUGAUUCCGUCCACCGCGGCUCUAAGGAGCAGAAGAGGAGGGGACCGGGUCCGAGCCGGAGCGUUCCCCGCCCACCGCGUAGGGGGCGUGGCUCAGGGGCGGGGCUAUGUGGAACUGGAAGGCGGGGUGAGGUAGCUGAGAGUGGCCCCCUGGUGGGGCCAUGGAGAGGCAGGGUUCCCUGGGACCUGCUAGAGGCUUCAAUGGAGAAUCACCUGGAGUGGUUACCAGGGGAGUGGCCGGAGGGGUCAGAGGAGUCGAGGCAGACACCAGAUUGCCCUUCAGAGUAGCCUCGCCUAAUGGUUCUGAGCCCCCCUCGCACUCGGGGUGCAAUGUGGUUCGCAGUCCUGGUUCAAGCCAUCCCACCGAGCGGGUAGUGGCCCCCACUUCUGAGCUUAGUCAGCAGCCUGGGGAGGUUGCGGGCCACCUUGAGUUCAGCCCAUCCCCUGAUGCAGUCAACAUUCCCUGCCCUGGAUCCUGCUUACCCAGGACUUCCUGUGCCGGGCCCGGGGUCUCCAGAAUGUACACCUCGGGCUGUGGUCUGCACUCUGGGUCAACUUGUUUGCACUCUGGUCCCUGUGAGGACCGGCCCAGGAGCAUCCUAAAAGACAGCAGCUCCAUCCUGAUGCAGAAAUCCCCCUGUGUGGAUAAGAAAAAGGCUCAGCGCUGGGAUGAGAUGAAUAUCCUGGCCACUUAUCACCCUUCUGAUAAGGACUAUGGCUUUAUGAAGGUGGACGAACCCAGCACCCCCUACCGCAGACUGCAGGACAGUGAUGAGGACCUGUUGGCAGGGUCCUCCUUCAAGGUGACCCCUGAAGUGCUAGAAGAGAGGUUUGCAACAAUGGACAAUUUCCUCCCCAAGGUCCUCCAGUAUGGUGACAAUAGAAGCUCAGGAGCUGCAGACAACUUUUCCAAGACACACUCCUGUAAUUUUGACAAGCACCGUAAGACACACUACACUGAAGGGAAGUUCCUCAAGUCUCAGAAAAACCUGCCCUUGGAACAUGAUGAGGACAGCUGUAGUGCCGGCAUCAGCAGUGGUGUUAGAGGUGUGACUAUAGAGCCAAAGCCCAGGCCUGUGGAGAGAUGCUGGGCAGGAGGACUAGCCAAAAGAGUCAAUGAUGAAACUGACAUGCUUGCCUCGAGACCCGUCCUAGAUGUCAAAGAUUCCUCUAGCUGCAGAAAUCAGUUCCCCUCAGCUUCAACCCCCAUUCCAUUGGAGCAAAUCGAUCUGCAACGCAGGGAGUAUUAUAGCCAAGGAAGAUACCUGAGGUCUGACUCCCACCCAGAACCUGAAGAGGACAUAGAAGAUGAGCAGCAGCACAGAACUACCAUGUCAUCCAAAGACAAUAGGUCCCCAGUGACAUCCAGCUGGUGUCAGUGGCUAGAGGCCAAGAGGCAGAACUGCCGAAGCCCAGGGAGCUCAGAGAGGGAACAUAGACACAGCCAGAACCCUCCAACCCAGAACGGGCGCAGACGUGAGCCUGGGCAGAGGCAAGGAGAUGAAACUCUGCGGCUCCAAUGGACUCAGGAAGAAGAAUCCAGACAAUGGAAAAUGUAGCACCUUAGGAUGGGGUGAGGGCAACCUUACCCUGCACUUACCACCUUAGGAGUAGACAAUAAAAAAGAAGAAGAGCAGGAUUCUGGAUGCUGUCAAUUGGAUGCUCAGGCUGGGCCUGCUGGGUCAAGCAGUGGGUGGGGUGGGAGGACCAUUCAAGAGCAGGAAACCAAGAAAGCAGAGCACAGAGAAGGAAACUGGGAACCACCCAGGAACUGGAUGCAAAAGAAGCUAGGAUCUCAAGAAUGUUAAUGUCAAGCAGCAGCAGGAUGGUAAUGACUGAUGCAAUUAAUUUAGUUAACCAUAAAUCCAACCCUCUUCAAUUUUUUUUAAUAACCCCAAAGGGAGGGAUUUUCAUUUGUAUCUUCUAAUGAAGAAACUGAGGAAUCAGAGAACUUACAAAGGGUCACACAACCUACACGACCUCUAAGUGACAGAGCCAGGAUUUGAACCUACAUCACCAGCCCCUCCACCCCCCCCCCACACAAACUCAACCACUAAAAGAGAAA